AUGGAUGGUGCACCAGGGAUUGAAGCAUUCAAAGUUGCCGUACGCUCAGGUUUAUUCAAGAAUUGUCCCAUCAGAGAAGAAGACAUUGUUAUUGCUGACAAGAUUUAUGGACCAAGCGCUUUAGUUCUUAAAGGAAAGACUAAGCGUCCUACCCCGGAAGCAGUUUGGGAUGAUUGGGUUGAGAUCCCAUGUGAAUUGUUGGUCCACAACAUUGAUUUGAAUUUGCAUCUGGAUAUUGCGUUCAUCAAUAGCACAUUCGGAUUGACUACAAUUGAUGGUAGUGUCCGAUACCAAACUUUUGUACCGCUACAAAGCAGGACUGCGGAGUCGUUGUAUGACGCAAUCAAUUUUACUAUCAAGACUAUCUACUGUGAUGGUGAAUUUAGACCAGUUUUUGAUGAUGUUAAAGAUGAGAUGAAUGUUGAUAUGAAUUAUGCAAGCCGGGGAGAACACGACCCCACGGCGGAACAAAACAUCCAACAUAUCAAGGCGUUGUUCCGUGUCCAAUACCAUUGCAUGCCGUAUAAGGCCAUUCCAAGGAUUAUUACUGAAGCUAUUGCAAAACGAGUUGCACAGACUUCCAACUUUUAUCCUGCCAAAGGGGGUAUUUUGGCCUAUUACAGUCCUCUUAUGAUUUUGUUAAGUUGA